AUGCGAAAGGGGGAAUCGACUGAAAUCAAGAUACCAUGUUCCUUUGAGUCUGAAGCGUCAACUGCACUUGACCCAGACGAAUUACACAAAGAAAAUAAAUUGGGUGAAGGUGGAUUUGGUAUAGUUUACAAAGGCACUUUAGACGAU